GAGAAGUGACUGGACCGGUGUAAUAUUCACUCAGGAGGAAACUGACGGAUUGCUAUAAACUGGACUUGGAAGUAACACGCAUACAAACAGAGAAAGUGAAACUGUCAGACGUUCACUGUCACUGACAAGUGAAAUGGCGCAGAGAGGAAUUCAGCUGGACUCGGCAAAAUUCUGCUGUUCGAUCUGUGUGGAUCUACUGAAGGAUCCGGUGACUAUUCCCUGUGGACACAGCUACUGCAUGAGCUGUCUUAAAAGAUACUGGGAUAGAGAGGAGCAGAGGGAAAUCCCCAGCUGCCCCCAGUGCAGACAAACCUUCACACCAAGACCUGUCCUGGGGAAAAACACCAUGUUAGCAGAAAUAGUGGAGGAAAUGAAGAAGACGGGACUCCAAGCUGCUCCUCCUGAUCUCUGCUAUGCUGGACCUGGAGAUGUGGCCUGUGAUGUCUGCACUGGGAGAAAGCGGAAAGCCCUCAAGUCCUGUCUGGUGUGUCCGGCCUCUUACUGUGAGCAGCACCUCCAGCCUCACUACGAUGCACCUCCAUUAAAGAAACACAAGCUGGUGGAAGCCACUGUGCAGCUUCAGGAGAACAUCUGCUCUCGUCACAAUGAGGUAAUGAAGAUUUUCUGCCGCACUGAUCAGCAGUGUAUCUGUUAUCUCUGCUCCAUGGAUGAACAUAAAGGCCACCACACAGUCUCAGCUGCAGCAGAAAGGACCGAGAGGCAGAAAGAGCUCGGGCUGAGUCGGCAAAAAAUCCAGCAGAGAAUCCAGGUCACAGAGAAAGACGUGAAGGUGCUUCAGCAGGAGGUGGAGGCCAUCAAACGCUGUUCUGAUGAAGCAGUGGAGAACUGUGAGAAGACCUCCACUGAGCUGAUGAGUUUGAUUAAGAAAAGAUGGUCUGAUCUGAUACAGGAGAUCAGAUCCCAGCAGAAAGAGGUAGCGAGUCGGGCUGAAGAACUUCAAGAGAAGCUGAAGCAGGAGAUCGUUGAGCUGAGGAGGAAAGACGCUGAGCUGAAGCAGCUCUCACAUACAGAGGAUCACAUCCAUUUUCUACACAACUACCCCUCGCUGUCACUACAGGACCUUCUUAGUGAGGAAUGGUCCAAGAUCUCACUUCCAGUAACUGGAGUGGAUGUUCCACUGCCACAACCAGAGCCCAAGACCAGAGCUGAAUUCUUACAAUAUUCAUGUCAAAUCACACUGGAUCCAAACACAGCACACACACGGCUGUUAUUAUCUGAGGGGAACAGAAAAGUGACGCAAAAAAGAAAAGAUCAGUCAUAUCCUCGUCACCCAGACAGAUUCACUGAAAGGCAUCAGGUCCUGAGUAGAGAGAGUCUGACUGGACGUUGUUACUGGGAGGUGGAGUGGUUCCGGUCAGGUGUUUCAAUAGCAGUCGCAUACAAGGAUAUUAGCAGAACAGGUGAUGAGAGCCAAUUUGGAUCUAAUGACAAGUCUUGGACAUUAGAUUCUUUAGUCAAUGAGUUCAGACAUAACAGCAUCAAAACUCCCACAUCAGUCCCUGAGUCUUCCAGAGUAGGAGUAGAAAGUGAAACUGUCAGACGGUCACUGUCACUGACAAGUGAAAUGGCGCAGAGAGGAAAUCAGUCGGACUUAGCAAAAUUCUACUGUUCGAGCUGUCUGGAUCUACUGGAGGAUCCAGUGACUAUUCCCUGUGGACACAGCUACUGCAUGAGCUGUAUUGAAAGCUGCUGGGAUGAAGAGGAGCAGAUGGAAAUCCACAGCUGCCCCCAGUGCAGACAAACCGCAGAAAUAGUGGAGGGCAUAGAGAAGAUGGGACUCCAAGAUGCUCCUCCUGUUCUCUGCUAUGCUGGACCUGGAGAUGUGGCCUGUGAUGUCUGCACUGGGAGAAAGCUGAAAGCCCUCCAGUCCUGUCUGGUGUGUCUGAAAUCUUACUGUGGGAAGCACCUCCAUCCUCACUACGAUGCAGCUCCAUUAACGAAACACAAGCUGGUGGAAGCUACUGUGCAGCUUCAGAAGAACAUCUGCUCUGAUCACCAUAAGGUGAUGAAGAUUUUCUGCCGCACUGAUCAGCAGUGUAUCUGUAAUCUCUGCUCCAUGGAUGAACAUAAAGGCCACCACACAGUCUCAGCUGCAGCAGAAAGGAAAGAGAGGCAGAAAGAGCUCGGGCUGAGUCGGCAAAAAAUCCAGCAGAGAAUCCAGGACACAGAGAAAGACGUGAAGGUGCUUCAGCAGGAGGUGGAGGCCAUCAAUCGCUCUGCUGAAAAAGCAGUGGAGGACAGUGAGAAGAUCUUCACUGAGCUGAGGUCUGAUGUGAGGCAGCAGAUCAGAUCCCAGCAGAAAGAGGAAGCGAGUCGGGCUGAAGAAGUUCAGGAGAAGCUGAAGCAGGAGAUCGCUGAGCUGAGGAGGAAAGAUGCUGAGCUGGAGCAGCUCUCACACACAGAGGAUCACAUCCAUUUUCUACACAAUUACCCCUCGCUGUCACGUCUCAGUGAAUCUACACACUCACCCAGCAACAAUAUCCGUCCUCUGAGCUACUUUGAGGAUGUGACUGCAGCUGUGUCAGAGCUGAGAGAGAAACUACAGGACCUUCCUACUGAGGAAUGGUCCAAGACCUCACUGACAGGGACUGGAGUGGAUGUUCUACUGCCACAACCAGAGCCCAAGACCAGAGCUGAAUUCUUACAAUAUUCAUGUCAAAUCACACUGGAUCCAAACACAGCACACACACGGCUGUCAUUAUCUGAGGGGAACAGAAAAGUGACAGAAAUGGAAAAAGAUCAGUCAUAUCCUCGUCACCCAGACAGAUUCACUGAAAGGUCUCAGGUUCUGAGUAGAGAGAGUCUGACUGGACGUCAUUACUGGGAGGUGGAGAGGAGGGGGUCAGGUGUUUCAAUAGCAGUCACAUACAAGAAUAUUAGCAGAACAGGGAAUGAGAGUCAGUUUGGAUUCAAUGCCAAGUCUUGGACAUUAUAUUGUUCUAACAAUCAGUUCAGACAUUACAGCACCCCAAUUCCCACAUUAGUCCCUGUGUCCUCCAGAGUAGGAGUGUACCUGGAUCACAGAGCAGGUAUUCUGUCCUUCUACAACGUCUCUGAAACCAUGACUCUCCUCUACAGAGUCCAGACCAUAUUCACUCAGCCUCUCCAUGCUGGAAUUCUGGUUUAUUUGUUAAGUGGAGACUCGGCUGAGUUUUGCCAGCUCAAGUAGACAAGAGUUAUUAAAGCAAUAAAAUGUAAGUUUCUGUUUUGAAAAAAUAUUUUUCCCUGAGUCGUUGCAGCUUCAUGUCACUGAGGUGUUUCUGCUCUUCCACAUGUCAAUCAAACAGUGUGGGCGGGACUGUAACCUCUUCCUCCCUGCAUGUUCCUUGCUGACCCUCUUUGUCUGUUCCAUCAUGGCGGCUAUCGCUGCUCAUCCUAACCACCCACAUCAUCUCCUGUUUCUUCCUGACAAACAGGAAACAGAAAACCCAGGAGAGGAUUUUUCCCAGCAAAGAGCAGCCAGACGCUGAGAGUUCAGAGGACAUUUAUUCAUAUGAAAACAUCAACUGUUGUUUACACACUUCUAAUAUCUGUUGCAUAAUUGCGUUGUUCCUGUUAAAUUUUCUACUUUUCUGUUCCUUAAUGGACUCAGCACCAGAGGUUUCCCUUUAUUAUAGCUGAGUAGUUCAUAUUUUGUGUUUUGUUCUGCUGGCACUUUUUACAUUUUAAUGUUUCAUUUCCAAUUUAGUAAAUGUUGUUGAUAUUACAUCUGAGUGGAAGAAUGAAAAUGUU